UUCAACAGUUGGGUUUCCAGCUCGGCCGCGAAAAGUUGGAAAUUUCAGAGAAUCCAGGGAGCUGCUCAUAAAGUCCCAAAAAUCCAUUUUCGGAUCGAAAGUACUAAAAAUAUUACGAAAAAUAUUUUACAAAUGCCUUAAAUUUAUUUUGGGCAAGCAACAGUUAUAAUUUAAAGAAAAAAGAGAAGGCGGAGCUAAGUUUUUAUCGCGCGCGGUUGUGCGUCGCUUUUCGACUGCGAUUUUGCGAUUUACGAUUCGAGAUUAGCGAUUGUUGUUGCCGAUUCUGGGUUUAUUCGAAUUGAAUUUCAACCGUCGGGAAUUUUGCUAAACGCGAAAAUGCAACAGUUUUGAAAUAAGCCGAGCCCAAAGGACAGAAGCGGAAGGAAUAUUCCCCUUUCUCACGUGUUUGCUAUCGCCCUCUCUUUCGACGCGCGUGUGUUGGUGAAUGUGCGUUAUUAUUUUUUUAUCUCGCCGAUCAAUCGAGUAACACAACAAAAAUUCCAGAAGGGAAUAAUAUUUCGAGUGCCGUUUUUUUUUGUUGUACUACCAAAAUUAUUACAUUUUUUUAUCGUGUUCAAGUGUGCUGUUUUAUAUUUUGGAAAAUACAACAACCAACAGAGGGGAGAGGCAAAUAAGAAAGGAGAAAUAAGAAAAAAGAAAUUAAAAAAAAACCGGAUUCCCUACAGAAACAAAAACAACUAAAGAAGCAGCAUCAAAGAGAAGAAAAGGAAGAAGCAGCAGCACAGGCUUCAACUUCCAGUAUUUCCAAUCGUUGUAGUGUCUGCGCACACGCACUGGAAGCCCCGAAGAGAAGAGGAUCACUUUAGGCAGCUGCUCUCUCUCUCUCUGGAAAACUGGCGAAAAGGAGAAGAUCGCUACGGGGAGAAUCGACAAUAUAAUCGACGGCAUAUCAGGCACAUCAGCAGCAGAGGCAGCGGCAACAUACGUCGCUAAUUGCAAUUAAACGGGAGCCUGGGCCAUAUAUCCAAUGUCCACAAUUUAAAUGCACCACAUCGGACCAGCAAGCGCCACAGCAGCAACAUCAGACGGCCAGUUGGCCCAGAAUUCAUCCGCCUCCGUGGCACCUGGCGUCCAUCAGCGCCUCCGGCAGAACAAACGGAAAUCCCAGCCAUAAAAAGUAACCCACAGUCAUCAUGGCCCACUCCAAGGUGAUCCUGAAGAUCCUGUUUUCGCUGUGCGUCUGGUCCUUCGUCAUUAUCGGGCUGUUCAAGAUGCACGGCACGAAUCUGGUGCCGCAGGAGUACCAGCAGGUGCCCCUCAACGGACGCAUCCUGCUGCAGAAGGACAUGCGGUACGCAGAGACCACCUCCACGACCACGGAUCAUUUCGAUCCGAGCGAGAUACUGGUGGACAAUCGAACAGCCAUGGACGAUGACCAGCUGGUCCGCGACGUGGAGUCGCGCAUCCCCUCGCUGCCGAUCGCCUACUGGAGCAAGAACAAGAACUUCCUGCAGCAGAAGUCAUCCACCUGCGCCAAGUACCCAUCCAUUUUCGAGCUGGAGUUCAACAACAUCUACUGGCAGACGCUGCGAACCUCAAACGGCACGUUCCAGCUGUUCGGGGCCUACUACGACAUUCGGCGCACCUCGCUGCUGGGGCCCACUGUGCGGAUCCUCGGGAUGAUCGACCGGAUCGAGCCCAAGGUGAAGACCUACUGCCAGUUCUGGUUCGACGGCCAGAAGGAGCCGUUCAUCGUGAAGACGUUCGAGUACAAGUACAUCUGGUACAACAAGUGGGGCAACUACAAGCAGGGCAUUUACCAGCCGUACCUGAUCGCCUGCCAGAUCCCCAAGCCCUUCCACGGCGUGGUCCCCAGCUCUGUGUCGAUGGUGGAGAAGGAGUGCGACACGGCCACCAACAAUCUGCGGGUGAUCUACAACCGACCGCCCGACGACCAGAAGAAGGGAUUCGCCGUGUGUGUCAAGGGACUGGACUUCCUCUACGACGACCUGAGUGUGCGCCUGAUCGAGUGGAUCGAGAUGCUCAACAUCCUGGGGGCCGACAAGAUCUACUUCUAUAAUCUACAGGUCCACCCCAAUAUCACCAAGGUGCUCAACCACUACGAGCAGGAGGGCAAGGUGCAGGUGAUCCCGCUGACCCUGCCCGGCGGUCAGCCGAACGUACCCGGAUUCCAGCACCUCUACCUGACCAAGAAGACGAACCACAAGCGCCAGAACGAGGUGAUCCCGUACAACGACUGCCUGUACAAGAACCUCUACCUCUACGACUACAUCGCCCUGCUGGACAUCGACGAGGUGAUCAUGCCCAAGGGCGGAGCGGUCCUGUGGUCGGAGCUGAUGGACAAGGUGCGCCCGGAGUCGCGCAAGAUCAAGCCCGACGGCUUCCACAGCUACAACUUCCGCAACGUGUACUUCCUGGACGACCAGCAGCACGAGCACGGCUGGCACAAGGACAUCCCCAAGUACAUGCACAUGCUGCAGCACGUCCACCGGGCCAAGAACUAUACCAAGCCGAAUCAGUACGUCAAGUGCUUCCACGACCCGGAGCGCGUGCUCACCCUGCACAAUCACUUCCCGCUGAGCUGUUUGGGCGGGGUGUGCAAGUCCUAUCCGGUGGACACGCAGGACGCCCAGCUGCAACACUAUCGGGCGGACUGCGUCAAGACGCUGAAGAAGAGCUGCGAGGAGUACCGGGAGCACUCGGUGGAAGACAAGACCAUUUGGAAGUACAAGGAUGAGCUGAUCCGACGCACCAUCAAGGCGCUGGAUACCCUGGGCUUCUUUCGUCGCCAAGGCCUGAACUCCGGCUCGGGAUCGGGCAGCAGCAGCAGCGGCCUGGGCGGUGGAGCCACCACGCACUCCACGGAGCGGUGAUUCACACUCCUCGGGGGCGGAGGAGGCGGAUGGUCCUGGCCCUGGCAAUUGGUUGAAGCAUCCGGCGGCAGCCUCGGCAAUGAGGAGUUCUUUGUGUAAGGCGGUACAAGGAUGCCGUGAGUUCCUCACUCUGAAUCCGAAUCCAAAUCCGAGUCCGAAUCCGAACCCAGAACCCGUCCUUUAAUCCCUGAGUUUCUGUUGCGCGGAGAUAACUCGUAUCUGAGUUUAGUUAGUAUGCCCAUGUUUCCCAUUUAGAACCCAUAUGACAGAAGGCACUGUUUUUGAUUGAAUUUCGAUGGGAUUUUUAUUUGCGUACACCAAACCGUUGAUAAGAGCCACUCAAUUGAGUAUCACAUAUAAGUUAAUAAUGUUUUUAUGAAAUUUUUUAAUAUCUCCAGGGAUUGUGAAAUGAUUAACUUCUUAAGUUUUAGAGUUCCAUUUAAAUCAGGGACAGAAACAGGGUCUACUGGAGUAUGGCUAGUGUAUAGAAAAGGCGUUAGUUAGUCGCUGAAUUGGGAGAGAACACUUUUGAAAUUGUGCCUUCGAACCUGGAUUGUAGUGAGGCCCGUCCCGUCCCGUCCCUCCCUUAAAUCCCCUCCUUACAUCCCAAAAAUGUAUUUCCAUUCACAAAAACGAAAAAGACACAAGGUCACAACUUUUCAAAAAACGAGACCCACAAUAUUUGCUUGAGCUCACAACGGAAAGGAGAAACCGUAGCAAAGUGAAGGAAACCUAAACUAAGUUCAAGACUGAUGAUGUUUAUUAAGAAUUAUAAAAUCGAAAGAGGGAAUUUCAAGCGAAUUUUGUUUCACAUUUGGAUAGAAUCGAUAUUAUUGUUGUUGUAUAGGCAUGUAAUGGCCCCCUAAAAAAUCGCAAGCGAAAAAUAUCACUAAUGCUAAGCAAAAGAAAACUAAAACACACUAAAAACUAAAAAUACAAAGCAAAUUGAACAAGUUUGAGUUGUAAACUGUAAAUAGGAAAAUUGUUAACGAAAAAGAAAAAGACGAGGCCCUAAAGAUAAAGCUAACUAUAUGCGGAUUAGGCCGAUUAAAAUCGGAUAAACUAGCAGGAUAUUGAACAGGGGAAGACGAGAAUAAGAGAAGCUGCUCAACCCAAUCUUUUUAUGGUGUUUGACCCCAAUCGCCACCCAUUACCAUAUGUUUUUUAACUUGUACAUACACCUACACAUGCACCACACUCAAAGCAAGCACACAGAUACACCACGCACAUUUCCUUAUGUAUUCUAUUUUAUUUUAUUUUAUUUUAAUUUUUUUAUAGCAGCUUAGUCAAAUUGUUGUUGGAGUUGAGGAGAGUCGUGUACAGUUUGGGCAUUCUAUGCUCCCACUAAAACUAUUCGAUAGGUGUACGACUAUGCAUAAAAAACACAAAUACAUAUACAUAUACAAAUACAGAUACAGAUAUACAGUAUAGAUACAGAUACAUACUUCAGUGUAUUAAUGUUAGUUACUAGCUGAUAAGGACAACCCGUGUGAAGGAAACCCAAUUUUCUUUGCUCGUUUUUUUUUGCGUAGCUAAUAAACCACAAUUGAUAUGAGAACAAAGUGAUUAAAGAAUAAAAUUUACAAAAAAAUAUUAAAAAUUAA